AAGUGGUAGGUACAUAAGGAGAAGAUGUGGUUUUGGUUUCUCACCAGUUUUCGGGCUGUCUCUGCUGCCUGCUGGUGACCUGUGGUGUGUACUCGAGCGCACGAGGUGAUAGUGGUGCUCAGUCUCGUGCUUUCCCGUCCGUGGUUUCUGCCUCCCCUCGCUGCUUCCUCGCGGUCGGGCAGCCGGCUCCGCUGGCGCGCAGGUGCGGGUCGAACAGCCUCGCGUGACAGCUCGUUGCCGACGGAGCGGGUCGGUGGGCCGCGCGCAGGGCGGGAUGCACUGGCCAGGGUGGAUGGUGCUGUGCGUGGUCCAGCACGCGGUGGUUGCCUGUGCCCUUGCCUGUGUUUGCUGCUGGAGCUGGGCCUGGAGCCGACACCGUCAUUCAGGCCCCGACGCUUUGCAGAGCUGCGCCCAGAGCUCAGCGUGCGCAGCCCUAAGUAGGCAGCAUCUCAUGAAGCAGGUAGGGAGGAAGCAGUCGCUGUCUGUGAAGUAGGAGAUGCGAGACGAACGCUGGUGCAGAAGGCAGUCGCCGCAGAUGGGCCACAGAUUGGGAGCCGCAUUAUGGGGAGACAGUCUGUGGGAGUCGAUGCAGGCACUAAAAGCAACGUUAUGGUAAUGCUGUACCCAGCUCUGUGGGGCUGCAGGUCCUGUGGUGGCCUCUGACAGCAGCCGUAAUGCAAGCAGGGGUCAUCAGCAGUGUGUUCACGGCUCCCCAGGGCAGCCGCCGUGCCAGCCUGCUCUCCGGCUCCGAGCUGAGCACUGCAUGGGGAUGCUGUUCUGCCCUGAAAAAAGAUGAAAUCAGCUAUGGUGACAGCAUUUGACAGCUAGGAGGAGGAGUGGGGAAAAAAGUCUGUUUGUUAAUUAGCGUUAUUGUAUGAGCUGGUGACCCGCGUCCCUUAUUUCCAGGUUGCCCGAGAGGCUGGGCCGAGAGGGACUUGCGGGGCCGCGGGCGGGCGGCGGGGCCCGGGGGAGCCGCGCGGCGGCGGCAGCGGCGCCGGUGCAAGGGCGACGCCGCUCGGCCGGCCGCGGCGCAGCAGGCGCGGCUCCGGCGGAGCCCGUCGGGGGGAGACGCCGGUUCGAGCCCCCGCGGGCGGGAUUCAGCCCCGGGGCUGCAGGGUCCCCGCUCCCGGGACGGGGUCACCAGUCGGGGGCUCCUUCUCCUUCCUUUCCCUGCGCAGCGGUGCGGGGACGGGACGGCUUCGCCGGGGAGCGUGCAGCCCCGUGUGGCACCUGCGUGCCUUGCGAGAGCUGUGUGCGCUGUGGGACAAAAUCCAGCCACAGCUGACUCAGGUUAGAGCAGCUCUGUUUUCUGUCACUGCCUUGAAACGAGACCUCACCAGUCGUCAAUAUUUGUUCUUGAAUGUUACAGUCAUAUUUGUAGGGAAAACAUUAUAGUCAUUGCAACAUGCUGAGACACGAGAUGUUAGAGGUUUCCUAAUAGCUCGCAGCCCAUUCGGGUAGUGGAGAAUGACCCGUGUUGUUUGUUAGAGAGAUAGACUUCAGCUUAUAACCCAGAGUAACAACAACACUCAAGUGAGGCUUUUCUUUUUCCCUUUUUUUUUCCCCUCCCCCCCCCCCCCCCCCCGAGGAAGCACACGCUGAUAGUAUGCCUGAGGCAGAAGAGUGUUAGUCACCGUUUCCCACUUGCAGGUGUGAGGAUGUUUGGAAAUGGUCUUACGCUGAGGAUGUCUCGUUGCUGACCACUAUUGUGCAAGCUUUAAACUGGUGCUCUUGCAAAAACAGAAAUCAGCCUGAAAAAAUGAAAUUUGGGAAAGAGUGAAAGGAAAACGUGUUAGCUCCCGAGCACCAAGAUGCAGAUAACAACAGGCACUUCUGUAUUUCCCUUAAAGUGACUCUUCAGGAAAACAGGAUGAUAUUUCUAGUCUAAUUUGCUCUGUGAUUUUCCUCCUCAGGCCAGUUAACACUGGGGGGAAAUGCCACUGAAAUCGUUUACCUCAAAUGAGGUUUUUCCUGAGAAAAAGGAUGAGACCACUGUGUGUCUGUGGAUUUUGAGGCUACUGAGGGAAAGUGCCUUCGAACAGCACUUGCGCCUAGAGACUUUCAGUACUUGGUCAGCAAAAGUCACACUUAAACCAGAGUGACUUCAGCUUUGCUAGCAGUUUUGUAAGGCCUGCACAAAGCUCAUGUGCAGGCUGAAGCCUGUGUUACAUUGGCCCUUACUAUGUAGAUUAAUAAUUUUUAAUGAUUUCCCUCUGUUUAGAUUGCAAGUCUAUGAAAUCUUUUACACAGAGUAAAUAUUGUACAGGUGAAUGGGAUUUGCAGGGCCCCGACAGGUGUAAAAUACAGGUUCGAGUUCUCUUCUAGCUCACAGCUGGCACUUUUAGAACUGCUGAAUUUAGAGAGCUGAUAAUUUAGUGCGUUCAGAGACAAAACAGUCUUUUCUUGUCUUGCCUGAAACUUCCACCAGUGGAGUCUUUCUCCAGAAAGGUGGCCGCAGGCACUGUACCGCUGAUAGCAAUAACCGAGUCCCCGUGACCUAUAUUCUUGUGUGUCAUGUUCGUAGGCACAACACUGACUAAAGCUGCUUUUUGGAAGCAAAAUGGCAAAAGCCGUCUGAGAGGGGAGUAGAAGUGCCAGCGCUGAGUGACAGAUGAACAGCACGUCGCAAUGGUGGCAGCUUUACAAUUUCCUUGCAUUUAUGGAGUACGGAAAUGGGGAGCAUUACCUGGAUUUGUUUCUCUAGGCUUGAUGCUUCUCUUAAUAUUCAGUAAUAUUCUGUGUGCGAAAAUAGAGUGCAAGAGGAGGGAUGCGUUUUCCUCGGCACAGGCCUGCGCUCCCCCAGCUCCGCGCGGCUGCCUGGUCGGCACGGCUGUGCCCCUCGCCCCUUCCCCCUGCUCCCAGGCUGGUCCCGUAUUUUGUCUGACAGCACUCGCUGCUUAUUAGCAUCACUAUAGGCUCUUUGUGCCCACCGUCAGAAGAAACCCUGCACCAGAAUAAAUUUCGGGGGUGACAGAUUGGAAGGGCUUGGCCAGAUGACGGCACACCAAGGUCGUGGGGCUGGGCAGCCCCUGUGGCUUUGCACCCCCCGGCCUGGCCCUGGGCAGGAGCAGCGGUGGGCACAUCUGCUGGCUGAGCCCCUCCGUGGGUGCUGGACCCGGGUGCGGGACGGCUGUCGGAGGCUCUGGGAGGGAGAGGGCUGUGGCCGCAAUAAGCGGUUGACGACCUUUGUGUGUCCCCAGGAAGGGGUGCUCAGCUAUGCUGUGUUUUAGAGCUAGGAAAAAAGUGAUAUUCUGGUUCCUAGAAAACAAAAUGGUCCAUGGGGGUCUUUCUGCAGGCGGUGCCACGUCCACUGGCACUCACAUCCGGACGGGACCUGGGAAAAGCAAGGAGCGCGGUCCCGGGCCGGGGCGGAUAGGUGCACGUGGGUUUCUCUGAGGCCGUGUCUCGCCAGAGCAGCCUCCGAAGAGGAAGGGAUUUCUCCUUUCUCUCCCCACGGGCCCUGACUGCAGGUUGGUUUGGCUGCAUCAGGCGAGGCCAAGGGGCAGAUACCUCCCUGCGGGCCGCGGGUCGGGGGCUGUCAGGGUACCCCGGCGGUAAGGUGCCGGGGCCGGCUGCCUCCCCCAGCAGACAGGGGCCGAGUGCCCCUGCCCCCCUUCUGGGGGCUUCCCGGGGAGGCAGCUGGCCCCCAGCCCCACACUUCGCCCCAGGCCCUCGCCCGCGGCCGGGCGCGCUGGGGGCCUGCGCAGGGCCCCGGCCGCCCCCGGGGGGAGCCCGCAGCCCCGGCCGGGGGAGGCCCUGGGCGUGCGGGCCAGGGGGCUCUCGCCACCCCCCGCGUCGGGGGCCGGUCGCGAUGUACGUCGGGGCUGGAGGGAUCGUCCCCGCCUGGGAGGAGCCAGCGGCUCCGCUGCUGUAAACAGUGCGGGCACCGCCGGCGGCUGGAAGAUGGAUAUAAAUAGGGAGGCGGAGGGGAGGCAGGCGGAGCGGAGCAGCCUGCGCCUGCCGGCCGUGCUCUGCAGCCGGGUGCAGCGCCCGCGGGGCCCCGAGCGCCCCAGCACCGCGUCGGGGCCGCCCCCGCGGCGAGCGGCGGCAGGAGCCGGGGCGGCGUGAGGAGUCGCGUCUCGGAGGCUGCCGGGGGAAGGUGUCCAGAGAGUUAAAAAUAUUGAAGAAUGGCUUUACCUACCUCCAUGCGCUUGGCGGAAAACUUUGUUUUGCUUCUGUUUGUAAUCUCCGCCGUAAGCACAGCAGAAACAGCUGUGGCAUGUCCUGAUAAGGAUCCUGAGCUAGAAAACUGGAACCCAGGUCACAAUGAAGAAAACCAUGUUGAAAUCCGUAAUGGCAGGAAGCUCCUGCUCUCGUCUUCUGCCACUGUCCACUCCAUCCACAUCACAGAUGGAGGCAAACUGGUUAUUAAAGACGAUGUACGGCCUAUCAUUUUGCGUGCUAGACAUAUACUCAUCGAAAAUGAUGGAGAGUUACAUAUCGGCAGUGAGAUGUGCCCUUACCAAAGCAAUGUGGCCAUCAUCUUAUAUGGGCGAGCGGAUGAUGGCAGCCAGCCAAAUCCAUACUUUGGGCGAAAGUAUAUUGGAGUAAGUAGGGGCGGCACUCUUGAGAUCCAUGGAAAGAAAAAGUUAUCCUGGACUUUCUUAAACAAGACUCUCCAUCCUGGUGGCAUGGAAGAAGGUGGAUAUUACUUUGAAAGGAGCUGGGGCCAUCGGGGUGUCAUUGUCCAUGUUAUUGACCCAAAGACAGGAGCAGUUGUCCAUUCAGAUCGGUUUGAUACCUACAGAUCAAGAGGAGAAAGUAUACGUCUUGCCCAGUAUUUGGGCAGGGUUGCGGAUGGCAUGAUCCUGUCAGUUGCAGUGAACGAUGAAGGAUCUAGAAACUUGGACGACACGGCCAGGAAAGCAAUGACCAAACUGGGCAGCAAGCAUUUCCUCCACCUUGGGUUUAGACACCCAUGGAGUUUUAUUACUGUUAAAGGAAAUCCCUCCUCUUCUGUUGAAGACCACAUUGAAUAUCAAGGUCAAAAAGGGUCAGCAGUGGCCAAAGUAUUCAAACUCUUCCAAGCUGAGAAUGGAGAACAUUUUAACGUCUCUUCAACGAGCGAGUGGGUUCAAGAUGCAGAGUGGACAGAGUGGUUUGAGAAGCCUGAUAAAGCAAGAUCUAAGGACAUGGAGAAGCUUUCAGACUUCAAAGCUGCUCAUCCUGAUAAAAUCUGUAGUCAACCCAUUGAUAUCCAGGCAGCGACGCUUGAUGGAGCUAAUUUAACAACUGAGGUUUUUUACAAAAGCGGCCGCGAUUUUAGGUUCCUGUGCCAUGGUAAGGACCAGACAGACGAAGGUUGCCAGAACUACAAAGUACGGUUCCUGUGUGGCAAAUCUGUGAAGCCCAAGCUUACAGUAACCAUUGACACCAAUGUGAACAGCACUGUCCUGAACCUGGAGGAUGAUGUGAGCUCGUGGCAACCCGGGGAUAGGAUCGUGGUUGCAAGCACGGACUACUCCAUGUACCAGGCGGAAGAGUUCCCAGUGGUGUCAUGCAGGGCCUGCAGAGCCAACCAGGUCAAGGUAGCAGGGAAAGCAACGUACCUCCACAUUGGGGAAGUCAUUGACGGCGUUGACAUGAGAGCAGAAGUGGGGCUGCUGAGCCGGAACGUCGUGGUCAUGGGCGAGAUGGAGGGGCAGUGCUACGAGUACAGCAGCAAGUUGUGCUCCUUCUUUGAUUUCGACACCUUCGGGGGACACAUCAAGAUUGGUCUCAAUUUUAAGGCUACACAUAUUGAAGGUCUAGAAUUGAAAUAUAUGGGCCAGCAGACAAUGGGACAUUACCCAAUUCAUUUCCAUAUGGCUGGAGAUGUGGACGAGAAAGGAGGCUACAACCCUCCAACAUACGUGAAGGACGUCUCCAUUCACCAUACCUUCUCCCGCUGUGUCACGGUCCAUGGAUCCAAUGGUUUACUGGUGAAGGAUGUUGUGGGUUAUGAUGCACUGGGCCAUUGCUUCUUUACCGAGGAUGGACCAGAAGAACGCAAUACAUUUGAUCAUUGCCUUGGACUGCUUGUUAAGCCUAGCACUCUGCUCCCCUCUGACCGAGACAGCAGGAUGUGCAAGAUGAUCACAGAGGGUGCUUACCCAGGGUACAUCCCAAAACCCAGGCAGGACUGCAGUGCUGUAUCCACCUUCUGGAUAGCCAACCCACACAACAACCUUAUAAACUGUGCAGCUGCGGGAUCUGAAGAAACAGGCUUUUGGUUCGUUUUGCACCACGUGCCCACGGGGCCCUCGGCGGGCAUGUAUUUGCCCGGCUACUCGGAGCACAUUCCGAUGGGGACAUUCGCCAACAACCGCGCGCACUCCAACUACCGGGCUGGGAUGAUAAUUGAUAAUGGUGUUAAAACCACUCCAGCCUCAGCCAAGGAUAAAAGACCUAUCUUGACACUGAUUUCUGGGAGAUACAGCCCACACAAAGAUGCUGAUCCUUUGAAGCCCAGGGAACCUGCAAUAAUUGAACGCUUUAUUGCCUACAAGAAUCAGGAUCACGGGGCCUGGCUGCGGGGUGGAGAUGUCUGGCUAGACAACUGCCAGUUUGCUGACAAUGGCAUUGGCCUGACCUUGGCAAGUGGUGGAACCUUCCCUCAUGAUGAUGGUUCAAAGCAAGAAAUCAAGAACAGCCUGUUUGUUGGUGAGAGUGGAAACUUGGGCACCGAGACUAUGGACAAUGAGAUUUGGGGACCUGGAGGCCUGGAUCACAGAGGAAGGACCUUGCCCAUCGGCCCGAAUUUUCCCAUUCGAGGGAUUCAGUUCUACGAUGGACCAAUCAACGUCCAGAACUGCACGUUCCGCAAGUUUGCUGCCCUGGAUGGCAGACACACGAGUGCUCUAGCAUUCCGGCUCAAUAACGCCUGGCAGAGCUGCCCCAACAACAACGUCACCGACAUUCAUUUUGAAGACGUCCCUAUUACCUCAAGGGUCUUCUUUGGAGAACCUGGACCGUGGUUCAAUGAUCUGAAUAUGGACGGUGAUAAAACAUCGGUUUUUCAUGAUGUAGAUGGUUCUGUGUCUGAAUAUCCAGGCUCAUACCUUAUAAAAGAAGAUAACUGGUUAAUCAAACACCCUGACUGCAUUGAUGUGCCUGACUGGAGAGGGUCUAUCUGCAGUGGACACUAUGCACAGAUCUACAUCCAAGCCUACAAGCCAGCCAACCUGAAAAUGAAAAUAAUAAAAAAUGACUACCACAAUCAACCACUCUAUUUGGAAGGGGCUUUAAGCAAAAGCACUCAUUACCAGCAGUAUCAGCCAGUCAUAACUCUGAGGAAAGGCUACACCAUCCACUGGGACAAGACAGCCCCCGAAGAACUGGCCAUAUGGCUCAUCAACUUCAACAAGAAUGACUGGAUCCAAGUAGGGUUUUGUUAUCCUAAAGGGACGACAUUUUCCAUUCUCUCAGACAUCCAUAAUCGUCUUUUGAAGAAAACAUACAAAACUGGAACCUUCUAUAGAACCUCUCAGAUGGAGAAACUGGAGCAUAGAUAUCCUAGCAAAGGAUACUACUACUGGGAUGAGGAAACUGGACUGCUGUUUCUGAAACUUAAAGCUCAAAACGAGAAGGAGAAAUUUGCUUUCUGCUCUGUCAAAGGCUGUGAACGAAUAAGAAUCAAAGCUGUGAUUCCAAAGACCGCUGGCGUCAGUGACUGUGAAGCCAUGGCCUAUCCCAAGUACAUUGAGACACCAACUGUAGAAGUCCCAAUGCCUAAGAAGCUCUCUAGUGCACAACUGAAGACUAAGGACCACUUACUAGAAGUGAAAAUAGAAACUUAUAAGAAACAGUACUUCCACCUAAAGGAUGACUUUGCAUACAUUGAGGUUGAUGGUAUACGGUUUUUCCUGACUGAUGAGGGUAUUCAACUGAUUGUGAUUGAUGGACAUCAUGGAAAAGUCGUUGACCGAGUAACAUUCAAGAACUCGAUUCUACAAGGAAUUCCAGCACAAAUAGAAAAUUAUGUCAACAACAUCAAAGAUCACUCUAUAGUGCUGGUGACAUCUAAAGGAAGAUUCAUUUCCAAAGGACCAUGGACUAAAGUACUGGAGAAACUUGGAGCAACAGAGGGUUUUAGGUUGAAAGAAAAAAUGGCUUUUGUUGGAUUCAAAGGCAGCUUCCGCCCUGUCUGGGUCAAGCUGAUCACUGAUGAGGAUUCAGCUAAGAUCUACCAAGCACUACCAAUUCCUGUGGUGAAGAAAAUGAAAUUAUGAGGACACACUGCUUUGCCUUCUGGCUACCAGCACUGCCCCCAAUAGAUGGACUACUGACUGCUUACAACAGGCACAUUGCCGGAGUGCUCCAGAGAUGUAGCAUUUUGUUGUUUUUGUCUUCAAAAAGAAAUCUUACUGUAAGUAGCUAGAGCAGCCACAUGUGACAAAAAAGCAUUCCUCUGUGAUCAGCCUAUGUUCUGUGACCAUCAGCUGCUGUCCUGUUGAUUUGCUCAUUGAUACCAUGUUGACUCUGCUGUUACAAAGCAAGGUUUGCCUCUCUGUUUUUAGGAGGUGCUGCUUUUUUAGCACCCCUGUGACAGGCUAAUUUAUGUGCUGCCUCUCAAAGGGUGAGUUCUAGAUCUAAAGGCCAUUGAGGAUUAUUGUUCUCCCCAGCCUCUGAAUUGUCAUAACACUCUUUUUCCAUGCUGUUACUAGCUGCUUACAUAAACAUGGAAUGCUAAUUCAAAGGCUGGCCGAAAAUCUAUGAUAAAAAGAGUAUAUUUGAAUGAUUACCCAGAUGCUGGGAAACUUGACUGGACAGUAAGAAUUUACCCUAAAGCUUCAAAGACAUUUGAUCAAGCUCUCUGAGGUCUUUUUGCAUUGUACAUGCACAUGGUUGGGGAAAAAAUGAUAGUGGAGCGAAUAAAGCGUACCAGUGGGGACUGAUGAAAUCGUAUCUUUCUGCUUGCUUAGAAAGCAGCAGUUCUCCUAUGGGUCAUGGUUUUUUUAACAGUGGUUGCUCAGGUAGGGGGUUUUCCUUAGACAAGCAGCUGUAGGCUAACAGGAAAGAACUGUCAAUCAGCACAUACACUUCCUCAGCCUUUCCCAUACAGUCCCUCCAUACAACAAUAUUCAGGACCAGUCUGGAGGGCUUAUAGUUACCAGCCAAAGAGAGCAUCCUGUCCAAGUCUCCAGUUUACAGCUGGGAAUACUGGGACACAGCUUACUCUGCCUCAAACAGGGUGAGCAUUUCACCUUUCCAGGGAGGUCAGGGGGAACAGGGUCAGAUUAGUCUGCUGUGUGUUGCUUUCCUAUCGUGUCCUCAGGCUAAGAGCAUGAGUAUCUUAGGCCUCCUGGAAGAGUUAUGUGAGGCUGGCAGGUCACUGGGAUAGGAGUCUUUGGGGGGUCUUAGCAGGUAGCUGAAGAAUUAGAUUGGGAACCCCCAUAACUAGCAGAAUAUCUUGAACCUCCUUUCCCCCUUCUUCAAAGCAUAGUCUUGUCAGCUAAAAAUCUGGCUAAUGAAGGCAGAUUAGUGUGUCCUGCUGGGACAUCUCUUGAAGCUGGGAAAUUGAACAUUAGCUUGUAAAACUUUGUAAGCACUUACAGUAUUCAGUGAUAUUUCUGUCUGUUGCUCAGAAAUGCUAUCAAAGUGUCUCCUGUGGCUCUGGCUAGUCUAAGAAAUCUAAGGAGGGAUAAAAUGUAGGAAGAAUAGUUUUUCAAAGCACAUAAAAUUGUCAAUUUAGCCAGUAAUAUCUGUGUGUGUUUUCCCCCUUUGCCCCUCUCUGCCACCACUGCUACAAAAAUUGUUCUGGUUGCUGAUGGUGACUUUGUUUUGCUCUGUUUUAGAGCUCUUGUGACUAAGUUGCCUUUUUUUCUAUGGUAUCCAAAAUAUAUUAACUUGUGACUACAGUGAAAGAGCAAUGAUUCUGAGUGCCAUUCCAAAGGCUGGGCAGAUGUCGAACUCUGUAAGCCCUGUCCCUAACUUUGGAUCAGUUGCUCUGAAAGUCAAAGCAAUCAUGAGCAAAAUUCAGGUAGUGCUGUAGGUUACAUGCCCCCUCAAGCCUCUCCUGGGUUUUGAAACUGGAAAUGUUCUUUUCAGUCUUACUAUAUAGUUGUAUUGAACAAGUUGAAUGUCAUGUGUGUUGUAUUUAAGAAAAAAAAAGAAAAAAGAAAGGAUCCAAGCUUUCCCUUCCUUUCUUCUCAACAAGAGCCUCUUAAUGAAGGAUUCCUCCUUCCAGCACAAUUAUUUUUACUCUUUAGGCAUUUGUGCCACUUCCAGAAUGGGCAAUACUUUUAAAAGGCAAACAAGUAUUUUCCCAAUGUCUUAUGAUGAUUUGAGGACUUCACCCUCAAAUCACAAACUAUUCCUUGAAAAAGUUAGUCUCACUUAUGUUUCAACCUUGAUUAUCCAAACCUCACUUAUCUGAUGGCCAAAACAGAGCCAGAUCCCUGAAGUCUAGCAAAUACAGUGAAAAAAUCAUUGGGUAUGUUAGUCUGGGUUAUCUCAAUGUAUACACUGUCCUGAAGCAAUUCUGUUCAUAUAGUUGCACCUGUCACACUGUGUUAGUGGAACACACCUGCUCGCAAGAGAUGGACCAAAACAAGCGUAUUUCUUUCAUGAGCAAUUGACAAACUACGUGAAGGAAAGCAAGACGCAGAAUGUUCCUGGUUUGGGAUUUGGUUUUUCUACGAAGCACCGUGGGUGCAGGAGUUGCCCUUUGCAGUGCACUGUUCAACAGGGUCACUAACAGUUUCCCUUCCCUGCUCUUUGUGUAAAUGCCCGGGAGGAUCAUGCCACAUAGGUCAAUCCCCUAGACUGGUUUGUUCAGCUACUACAAGCAUGUUGCAUUUGUGCUAAAGCAUAGCUUCUAAUUUUACAAUUCUUGAAAUUCUCAGGGUGAAAUCAUAAGACUUGGCGCUAGGAAAACUUCUCCUUUUCCUAAAAAAAUCUUGUCUUAUUAAAAGAAGAAAAUUUUAAGUUGCUUGUUCUAUCAUGCAAGGCUUGUCACAUGGGGCCUGUUUGGAGUUAGGGCUGGGUCUCAUGCUGUGAAUACUUAGUGUAGGAUCACUGCAGUCUGCUAAGCCUGAUGGAUAAUAGAGCAUCAUAGCAGAGUGUAAUGGGGCAGAUACUCCUGUGAAAUGCAAAGGGCUCCCAUUGACAUUUAUGGGACGAAGUCAGUGUAUUACUCUGAAGGCAGAAUUUAGCCUAAUAUCAUCACCAAUCAGCAAUAGUUUUGUGCCAUAUGAUUACUUUUUAAUAUUUGACUGUUCUAGAAUUUGCACUUGCACAUCUUGACUAGUGAAUUAACUGACUGCUUGUACUUUGUACAGUCUUCUAACAAUCCCUGCACAAGCUGCAGUUAGCCUCUUUAUAAGGUUUUAUUACUAUA